CUUGACAAGCGCUUGCUGCAGCUAUACUCGGCCCAUUGCAACUGGAAUUCAUCAUCACAACCUCUGGUCCGUUUUGAAGUUGUCGGUGGCAAUGGAAGCGCAUUUUUCGAUUUUUUAGACCCACUCAUGCCAAAUCGACUGAUCCUGAAACCGUCUUCUGAACGAAUUAUUAGAGAAAGAAUGGCAUCUGCCUCUGCUCCCUACUCCUUUGCUCCUGAUCCUGCCGAAUCUAGACAGUCUCUUGCAGCUGGACACCUGCUCACAGUGAACGUUCAGGCCUGGCUGGAAGCUGCUCAACUCAGCCGCCUGCUUGUGGCCUGCUCGGCAGCACCGUCGGCCGCCAGUCGAGUCUGGCUCGACCCUCGACUUCGCAUCUACUCCCCACGCCCGUUCAGUCUGUACUUUGCGUCCGCGUCGGCACUGGCCAGAAGGCAAUCGGCUUCCGUGCAGGCUGUCUGGGAGUCAAAUUCGUCACUCGCGACGUCGCUGAAAACGGACGAAUUCGUGACUGCCAGACAGUUGGUAGAGGAGAGUGGACAGGUUAGUUGGGCUAACCUGCAGCUGGAGGCAAUUUCUGGCUGCCCAAAGUAA